AAAGCAACGAAAAAAGCAAAGCGGAGGCACUCAUAGCAGUGAGCUGUGAGCCCGAGCACUGAGCACGCAAGUCCAUCCAUGGAGUCCGACAAGCUAAAGAAGACAUCAACCUAGGAUCAAAUCAAAAGCUUCCCCGUAGUUGUCUCUCUGCUUGUCUCUCUCUCCAGCAAUGUCGCCUUCGGCUCUAAUCCUCCAAACCCUAGCGCUCUUCCUCGCCCUCGCGUCCCCAUCCGCGUCCCACACCCCCACCGCGUCGUCGUCGUCGUCCUCUUCCUCGCCCUCCCAUUCCUCCUCCUCCCUCUCCGAGUGGCGGUCCGCCCGGGCCACCUACUACGCCGCGGCCGACCCCCGGGACGCCGUCGGCGGCGCGUGCGGCUACGGCGACCUCGCGCGGGCCGGGUACGGGAUGGCCACCGCGGGGCUCAGCGAGCCCCUGUUCGAGCGCGGCCAGAUCUGCGGCGCGUGCUUCGAGCUCCGGUGCGUCGAGGACCUCCGGUGGUGCAUCCCGGGGACGUCGCUGAUCGUCACCGCCACCAACUUCUGCGCGCCGAACUACGGGUUCGCCGCCGACGGGGGCGGCCACUGCAACCCCCCGAACAAGCAUUUCGUGCUCCCGAUAGAGGCGUUCGAGAAGAUCGCCAUCUGGAAGGCCGGUAACAUGCCAGUCCAGUAUCGCAGGAUCAAAUGCAGAAAGGAGGGAGGGAUUCGUUUUACAAUUGAUGGCUCGGGUAUCUUCAUCUCAGUCUUGAUCAGCAAUGUGGCUGGUGCUGGAGAUAUAGCUGCAAUAAAAAUUAAAGGCACGAAAACUGGAUGGCUUCCAAUGGGUAGGAAUUGGGGUCAGAAUUGGCACAUUAAUGUGGAUCUUAAGAACCAGCCCCUGUCCUUUGAGGUGAGCUCUAGCGACGGGCUUACGGUGACAUCUUACAAUGUUGCUCCUAAAAAUUGGAACUUUGGACAGACUUUUGAAGGCAAGCAAUUUGAGUCCUGAAAGUUUGAUUAACAUAAUCGAAAACAAGGCAUUUUUUAUAUUACUCUCUCCCAUCCUCAUUGGUAUUGGAGAUGCUUGUGUGCUGGAAUAGUGCACAUUUUGAUGGAAAAGGAGGUGAAAAUUUGCAAGUGACUUGAGUAGCACAAGGAAGCUCAAGUGUGUGCCAUUAGUCAAAGAAAGGGCACUUUCAUCAUAUAUAGGUGUCUCCUUUCAUAAAUGUGUUCCACGGGUCUCCAGGUAACCAGGAUAGCAUGCCCAUGCCCUUGGAUUAUUAUAAAGAAAAGGUUAAUAUGCUACCCAGAAUCUUUAGAAAUGUAAAACUUAGGUAUCCAAGCAGGAAUGUUUUCCUUUCAGUUGACAUUGAGUUGUAUUUUAUGGAUGCGGAUUUGGGAAAGUUCUAUUCGCUGCUGUACUUUUCUUACAAAGAAAUCAAGGUUGCGUGGAGGUGCCGAUUUCUAAGAA